GGGUCGGGUUGACUGCGUCGGGGCCGCCGUCGAGAGGCUGGUCCGUGCAACAUGGCGGCGGCGGUUGCGGCGGUUGCGGGGCCGAUGAACGUCAACAACGAGAUUGUUAAAUUGAGAAAAGAUGUAAAGAAAGCAAGAAUUUUAAUCAUACGGAAAUUAUCGAGAAACAUCGCCGACCUGAAAAAGAAAAAAGGAACACAAGAUGCUGUCAUGAAGAAUCUACGACGUGCAGAAAGAUUACUGGAGGACAUCCAUACAAUGAAGGAUUUGAAACCUGAUGAUAUUACCAAAACUGCACUUCAGAGCGACCUCAACUGCGAAAAAGUGUGUGAAAAGCCAAACUCCACAACAGAGGAACGAGCUAUUGCAAGGAUCGCAUCACAUCCACUCGUGUGCAAAAAAAUCACAGCUAUUAAAGCUGCUGUGAAUUCAUUUCAAGAAGCUAGAGGAAAAAACAAAAAGAAAGCCCAGAGGUCACAGCAGGAGCCUCAGCUGAAAGCAGAGUCAUUACAGCUCUCAACAUCAGAUGAAAUAUCUCAUGGUAAAACAACUAAGGUGGAAGACGAUGAUACUGUAGGUGAGAAAAGCAAAUCGAUGCACAUCACACAAACCAGUUCUUCUCUGGAUAAGUCUGAACCUGAGCCUUUGAAUGAAAAGAGUUUCAAAAACGAAGACACCUCCGAAGUCCAAAUUGAAGAAUCGGUAUUGAUUUCUCAAGUUAUCAAAAAGACUGAAGCUAUAGCAACAGAUGGCAAACAAACCAUUGCAGUUUUAGACAAAUCAGAACCUGAACCAAAGAAUGAAAAAUGUUUCAGUGAUGAAGACACCGAAGUCCAAGCCACAGAAUCAGCAUUGGUUUCUCAAGUUACUGAAAUGACCACAUCUACAGCAACACAAGUCAAACAAACCAUUGCAGCUCCAGACAAAUCUGAACCUGAACCUUUAAAUGAAAAAUGUUUCAGUAAUAAAGACAACUCCGAAGUUCAAGCUGCUGAAUCAGCAUUGGUUUCUCAAGUUAUCGGAAAGACCAAAGAUAAAGCAACACAAGUCAAACAAACCAGCACAACUCAGGAUAAAUCUGAACCUGAAACUUUGAAUGAAAAGUGUUUCAGUCAUGAAGACACCUCCAAAAUCCAAGCUGAAGAAAUAUCAUUGGUUUCUCAAGUUAUUGAAAAUACCAAGCCCGCCCAGUUAGAUACAAAGAAACAAGUACAAGUUGUGAUUAAAUCGCAGAACAUAAGUCCUAUGGAAGAAGAUGCCAGUGCUGAAGAGAAAGAGUACUUUGAUGAUAGUACAGAGGAGAGGUUUUAUAAUCAGACAUCGAGUGAUGAAAGUGGGGAUGAUGAUUUCUUUAUUGGAAAGGUGAAGAGAACAAACAAAAAGAAACAAGAAAUUGAUCCAACAUCUGAUGUUAUCACUGUGAAAGAUGAUGAACAAAAAAUGCCAAGUAGUAUGGAGGAAAGAAAGAACAAACCCAUUGAAAAAAGAAACAGCAGGGAGCAAACAAAGUUUGGAACUGUAUUUUGCAAUAAUUUGUCACGUUCAAAGGCAUCAAUGCAGCGCAACAAUCAGGGAGGGAUCAAAAACAAGAAACAAGAUAGUCUACAAAACAAAUCUAACACCAAAAUAUUGUCCUUUCAUCGGAGAUCCCAAGGGAGGCCUGGAAAUGUAAUUCCAAAGCCACAACAAUCGCUUCAUCCCUCUUGGGAAGCGAGUAGAAGACGAAAAGAGCAGAACAAAAUUCCUGCAUUCCAAGGAAAAAAGAUGAGAUUUGAUGAUUAAUUUUGAUGAUUAAUGAGAAACAGGGAAUAGCAUAUGUUUAGGAAAGAACUGCAGAUACUAGAAAAUCGAAGGUAGACAAAAAUGCUGGAGAAGCUCAGCGGGUGAGGCGAAUGGAGCGAAGGAAAUAGGCAACGUUACGGGUCGAAACCCUUCUUAUUUUGUAUUAAAAUCAAUUCUAAAACCAUGUUAAAAUAUCUGAAGAAAUUAUACAAAUAUAAAACAUCUGUCAUGUGUUUUGUACUAAAAUUGAAGUUAUAUUUGCACACUGUUGUGGAAUGAUCGUCAGAAUUGUUUUGUGUACAUUUUAAUAAAAAAAUAAACAUUUAAAAUU